AUGAAUUCAGGCUAUACGUUCCCACCUCAGAAUCCUGACGCAAUCAAUGAUGCCAUAAAUGGUAAUGAAACUGAGUUUAAUGUCAACGACUCUAACACAACCGAUUUUGGUUUUACAACAAAUGGACAAUAUUUUGAUGAUCAAACUAAUAUAGACUAUCCUAUAAUUGAUAUCCAACGUGAUAUUGAAAAUCCAAUAUCAAUUUCUAAUAUCGAAGACGGUAGUCCAUUACCAAUGUCAAAAAGUAUAAGCAUGACUCCAACCAUAAAUAUUCCAGAACCACCCAAUAGCACCUCUGAUAUUAUUGUAUCGACCCCAAAAAUUAUUCAAAAUUUUGAUUCAAUAACAACAAACUCAACACCAGAUAACUUCCAAGACUAUCACGUAAACGAACAGGCAGAAAUUGCUAGUCUGUCAGGAACAGAUAAUGUAAUUGGUAACUUAAGGCAACAGUUGGCUACUGAUUGGAAAAGUCCUUCAGAAUAUGCCCUUCACAUAUUAUUUACUAAAUUUGUUCGCCAGGCAGAAUAUAAGUUGAACAUUUGUUUGGAACACCCUUUGGAAUCAGAGUUACCCAUCGUUGAUAUAUUAGGAGAAGGUGUGGAUUUAGAGUUUGACAAUAUUAUAGAUUCAUUAGGUCAUAUAGCUAAAAACAAACCAAAACCUGUUAUCGAUGCCAUGAUGUUUUGGAGAAAGACUAAAUCAGAAAUAGCAUUACUAGCAGCUGAUGAAACGCAAAAAUUAAUGAAAGAGUACAGCAUAGAACAAACACGACUAUUAAGAACAAAAUCUACACAAUCAUCACAAUUAUCUUCAAAUCCUAGGAGGAGUAGGUCAAGCAGCGUUACAACAAAAUUAUCACACGCCAGGAAUAAUUCUUCAAAAUCAUCAGUAAAUAUUCCGUCAGUGUCCACCAACAAUAGACUUAAAGAGUUAGAAGCUCAGAUAAAUUCUGCAAAAGAGAUUACUUUCCAAGCUGAUAAGAAAUCUUUAAUUAGCAUAUACAUACUUUGUCGAGUCUUAAUUGAAAUAGUGAAACAAUCACCUGAAGAUGCUGAUGAGGAUUUGAAUAAUAAAUUAGAAGAAAUAGUUUUCACUCAGCUAAAAACCACUGAUCCUAUAUCUAUAUCAACAAGUUUGAUUAAAUCCUCGAACUGGAAUGCAUUUGCGGAGUUAUUGGGUUAUAUGUCAGAAAAGAAGUUUAUAUCGGUUAGUGAUAGGUUUGUAGCAUCAAUUGAGAAAAUUCCGAAGCAAAUUUCACCUGAAAUAGAACCGAGUGUUCAUUUAUUGAUUUUGGGUAUGAGAUACUUAAAAUUGAAACAUUAUCCAAUGGAAAAAUUUGAAGAUAGUGCAGAGUUUAUGAAGAGUAUAACAAAAUUUUUUCUUCAAACCAACAAUUUAUCGACAAAAUUAUCAUAUGCAGAAGUUAUUAGCCAGUUAUUACUUCCAUUAGCUGGUGUGAUCACUGUUGAAGUAAACCAUCCCACUUGGGUUAAAACUAUGUCAUCAUUAUUGGAUGAAGCUAAUAAAUUACAGCUUAAUAAUAAAUACUGGGCUAGUGGUUUUAAAUUAGCUGUUGCUGUUUUGUGUGUAUCUCCAACAGAACUGUUUACUAAACAUUGGCUGUCACUUAUUGAAAGUAAUAUUAUAAAUCUGAGAAGUAAGAGUUUAUCAAAUAAAAUAACGUUUGCAGUGAGUUUAUCGAGAUUAGUUUGGGUUUAUUUAUACAGAUGCCCGGAGACACUAAAUAAUACGACUAGGAGGAUUAAACAGCUAAUUAAUCUCUAUAUAGGGAAUCAAAAGAAAAAAGAUAACUGGAUAACAACUGAUUUAGAAUUGAUCAACCCACUUUGUGAUGUUUUAGUUACAAUUGGUUAUUUAUAUCCCACGCUUAUUAUGGAAGAAGCUAUAUUACCAUUAGUAAAACAAUCAUUCAAUGGCUCUACUUUAAACAACAUAUUGUAUGAAAAGUUAAUUCUAGCCAUAAAUACUUUUAAGGGAUUAUUAUUAACUAAUUCCAGACCCGAAUUUCCUGAAAAUGAUAACAGAUUUUAUGAUAAUAACCUAAAUAACAUUAAAGUCGAACAAAAUGAAAACCUCGUUUUAAAUAAUGAUGAAAUCACCUCUCAAUUUUACAAAUUGUUUCUGCUAUUAGAUUCAAAUAUUGGAUCAGAAGUCUGGUCACCUGAAAAUGAACAUCAAAAACAAAAUUCCUUUGGAAUCGGGCCAUUCUCAUUCAAUUUUUCUAAUGAUGGCAAAGAUUUUAAUGGUAAUAAAAAUUUAAAUAUAGCAUUAUUUGCUACAUUAAUCGAAACAAUACCAUGUAGCUUAAGUGUAUCAAAAAAGAUACCUAUAAAAUCUGCAAUUGAAAUAUUAUCAAGAAACGCAGUCCAUGUUGACUUAUUAAUUGCUUCUAGUUCACAAAAUGCGCUAAAAUCACUUGCAGCGAAGGAAAAUCCAUACACUUUAAUAACAUGGUUUGCUAAAUAUUCAUUUGAUUUUGAUGAACAGACCCAAUCAAGAUAUAAUCUUUCUUAUUUGGCUUCUAGCGAGUAUAAACAAUUGCUGGUUCUCUAUAUCGAACUUUUAGAGUGUUGGCUUGAAGAAUUUCAAUCCUCCGAAGUAGAGGAGAAGCAAAAGGAAACAGGAUUAGACGGAAUUCAAUUACCUAUAAAAGAAACUGAGACAGAAGGCGCCAAGGAUUCAAAUAAGUUGCAAUGGAAAAAUAUGGCCGCUGUUAUAGAAGAAGUAGAAGGGAAUGGGUUAUUUUUCUUAUGUGAUAAUGAUGCAAGCGUUAGGAUGUUGGGGAUUAGAAUUUUAAAAAUAAUAUCUAAAUUUGAUACUGUGAUGGUGGAGAAGACAUCUUCAUUAUACAUGGGUCAUUCACGUUCUUCAUCCCAUUUUGCUGCUGAUAGAGGUACCAGAUUAAUAGAUUUUCUUCUAACUUCAGAUGCAAAUUCAUUAUUAAACGUUAAAAUGCAAAAAUUGAGCUCCACAGAGCGAACUAGGUUAUCAAAGUUAAAUUUACGAUACAAAAAAGGUCUAUUAUUAAAAUUAGCAGAAUCAGAUUCAAGUGUGGAUACCGCUUUGUGGCAGCGUAUGUUCCCUAAAUUACUCUCAGUAAUCUUUUUAUCGUGCCCUGUAACAAUGGCAUUAUGCCGUUCAAUUGUGUGUGUAAGAUUAGUCCAAAUGCAUGAUACAAUAUUAAAACUGGCUAAUGAUAUUUCAUUCAAACCUGAUGAUGCCUCUCCAGAAAUUGUGACAGAACAAUGGAAACUUUAUCUAAUCGUUGCAUGCACUUUUCUUACAUCUACUAAUAAUCAACGCCUGUUAAUCCCAGAUUCUAAAGCUUCAAAAAACAAAAACAAGAGUCAACAAAUCUUCACAGUACAGCACCAGAAGAUCAAAUCUGCUACUUCAAUUUUUAAGAUGGUAUUGCCAUUAUUGAGCUCCGAAUCAACUUUAGUCGUUGGCGCCAUAAUUGCUGGAGUAAGCUCAAUGAAUAUCAAUAUAUACAAAUCUUACAUUGAAAGUAUCGACGGAUUUAUUUCCAAUUGGGGUCCAGACUACUCUUUACAACAAACACGUAUUGAAACAUUUCAUAUAUUGGCUAUUCUUUCUAACUACAUUAGUGAUCCAAUUAUUCUAAACGACAAAUGGCUGUUGCUUAAAUUAUCAGAAUACGUAAAAAUUUUGAAAAAUGUUCUGCAGGAUGAAGUGAUACAAUUUUCAUUUGAAUAUCAAAACUUAAGAAUAUAUUUUAUGGAAUUUUUAUUAGGAUAUUACAACGCCGUCAAAGAUUUGAAUAAUAUAUCUGAAUUAUUCCCAUUUCAAGCAAGAACAUCAUGCUUUAAUUUUCUAAGUGAGUGGUGCGGUUUUGGAAAUAGAGGUCAUAUAUUUGAUGAAAGAUUUCAAUCCAUGAUCAAUAGUGCUGGGAAUGACUCUUCAAGAACUGCUAUUGCCUCUUCAUUGGAAUCGCAAAAACCUAAAUUACAACAACUAGCUCUAGAAGGCAUGAUUGCACUUUGCACGGGUUGUAUAACUGAAAACAUAACAUCUGACCCUGAUAUACCGAUGAUAGUAUCAUUUGAUACUUCUGAUUUAUUAUCUUGGAUAUCUUCCCUUAUGAAAUCAGAGAAGCCAUCAAUUAUAUCCUUAGGAGUGCGUGCAUUAGAAGGAAUCUUAGAACACAACAAGGAGAAUGCCUCCCUUUAUGAGGAAGUGAAACAUCAAUGCCUAUCAUCUAACCACCUCGGAAUUAGUAACCUUUAUUAUAUUACGUUAUGCAAAAGUUUAUUAAAGCUAGACAUGCCACUUUUAAAUCCCGACCAAUUGGUUACUUUAGGACUUUGUGGUUUAGUUGCGGAACAUGCCGAUACCAGAUAUUAUGCGGUAGAUUUGCUAUCCUCAAUUGAACUAAAUCUACAUUCCACUUCAUUUACAAAGGGUUUUAAAGAACAACUAUCGAACCAGUCUAAAAUGAUUUAUAAACCUACUGCAAAAAAAAUUUCUAGUAUGUUUGCGGAACUAUUUCCGCAGGAGUUAUGUUUGGAAAUUUUUUCAAACAUGGUCAAUGUUUUAGAUCUAUAUGAAAGUGAAAGAAAGAAAGAUAUUUUGACAUUGUUGGUACCUUGGGUUAAUAAAAUUACUCUAAAGUCGAUAGAGGACUUUGAUACUUUAAUGGUAUUGCAAAAUCUUUUUUAUAUUACCAUAGAGCUGAACAAUUCAAUUCCUGAAAGUGUAGAAAAAUUAUGGAUUUCUUUAGGAAAGGGAAAUUCCUUUCAAAAUACAUAUGUUUCGAUUGAAUAUAUAAUCAAUUCAUCAAUCAAAUACAGAAAUCCAUUAUUCGUAAGGCAGGCAAAAGACGUAAUUCUAUAUUUAUCGAACGUUCCGGGUAGUAUUGGCGUCAUUGAUCUGUUAUUAAAAAAAUUAGAACCCAAAUCAAUGAUUCCUAAAACAAAUAUUGAUUUAUCAGAACCUGCUAAUAGCGGUAACUAUUGUUUUGUAGCUGAUAUUUGGGCAAGACUUAAUUAUACUGGAGGUGGUGUAUUGUUUUCGGAAGUUCAACUUUCAAUUAUUUUUCUUUCAAGUUUUUUAUCAAAUCAAAAUGAGUCCAUCAAACAAAAUACAGCAACUCUUCUUCAUAUUUCACUUUGUUUAGCUGAUCACUACGUCCCACUUGUUCAAGAGAGUGCUAAGAGAAUUUUAUGCGAUCUAAUUUUCAGCGCAGCUCCCAUCUCAGAUAUAUCAGAGAAAACUGUAGCUGUGUUAAGGAAUAAAAAAGGAUUAUGGUCUUAUGAUGAUUUGUCAAGAACCAGAAUGGGAGCUAAGUCACCUAAAGCGAUGGAUUUGAUCGUAAGAAAUAUCAUAUCGAUCUUUUCAGGAAUUCCUACUUUACAAGUUGAAUGGCAAAGGAUUGCGUUAAACUGGGCUACCAGUUGCUCUGUAAGACAUGUAGCUUGUCGAUCUUUUCAAAUUUUUAGAUCACUAUUAACAUUUAUAGAUCAAGAUAUGUUAAGGGAUAUGAUCCAUAGGUUAUCAAAUACUAUAUCCGAUGACAAUCGUGAUAUUCAAGGUUUUGCAAUGCAAAUUUUGAUGACAAUAAAUGCUAUAACAGCAGAAUUAGAACCUGCUGAUUUAAUAAACUAUCCUCAAUUAUUUUGGUCAAUUACAGCUUGUUUAAACAGUGUCCAUGAGCUGGAAUUUAUAGAGGUAUUAUCGUGCCUUAAUAAAUUUAUAUCAAAGAUCGAUCUAGACGCACCUGAUACGGUUCAAUGCCUAGUUGCAAUUUUUCCUUCGAAUUGGGAAGGGCGAUUUGAUGGUUUACAGCAAAUCAUCAUGCCAGGUUUACGUUCAGCGAAUUCAUGUGAAGCUAGUUGGAAAUUUUUAGAUAAAUUAAAUCUGCUAAAAGAUAGUAGAAUUAUAGCAAACUCAGAUUCCCGUCUGCUUCUUGCAUUAAUCUCUAAUUUACCUAGAUUUUUACAUGCAAUGGAGUUAAAGGAUUUUACUCAGAUUCAAAAUGCCUGCAAUUCUUUAAUAUCUUUAGCAGAUUCAUAUUCUGAACCAUCUUUGUCAAGGGUUAUUGAUUCUUUAGCGAAAGAUAAAUUUAGGUCUAAGAAAGAUUUUAUCAGUCAAAUUGUUAAUUUUAUUUCAAGAAAAUAUUUCCCAGUAUUUUCUGGUCAAACUGUUGUAUUUUUCUUAGGGUUGCUUCUGAACAAGCAUCAAUGGAUGAAAAUACAAACUAUUGAAAUUUUGAAACAUAUUUUACCAUUAAUAGAUUUUACAUUACCUGAAUUUACCGGCGUUGGAGCAGACUUAAUAUCACCCCUUUUAAGGUUACUAUUAACCGAUUUAGAUAUCGAAGCAUUGAAAGUAUUAGAUUGUAUUCCUGAUAUUUCAGGUAGUAAAAUGGAUAAAGAUGUGUUAAGAAUCAGUAUGGGUAAUAAAGAUGUUAAUGAACGAUUUUCAACUACAACUAUAUUUGGUAUUCCAGAAUCUACUGGUUGGUCUGUUCCUUUACCAAGCGUGACUGCUGCUACUACCAGACAUAAUGUACAUUCUGUCUUUUCGACCUUUAUCAAAGAUAAUCCAGAGGCUGAAAUAUCAAAUGAUUUAACUAAGCUUGAUGAAGUUGUAGAAUUCCAUCAAGACGACGAUUAUAAAUUAGCAAAAGUUGAUUCGAAUGAAACAUACUCAAUCACAGAAGAAAAUGAUGCUUCUUUGAGUCAUAUGUGGGCUGAAUUAGAUAAUUUGGAUAGUUUCUUUACCAAAAACGUAGCAGCUGCAUCUUUACCUUCUUCUGUACCAUCGAAGUCAAAUAUAUUCGGUCAUGACCGUGUUCAUUCCAUUGAAACAAAUACCUCCACACUAACCUCAAACUUGGAGUCUGCACCACAGUUGUAUGAUAUGAAAGUAUCUGCAAUCCUGAAUAAAAGUUUAUUAAGAACUAGUUCAAACACGUCGUUCAAGGCCAACUUAGCAGAUUCAUUUACGACAAAUAACAGUAGUGAAAAUAUCAAUGAUUCCCCAUUUAACUCUACAGUAGUGAAUACAACACCAGAACUUUCCGGUUCUAGAUCAAGGACUUCACAUUUAUUAAGAUCACCAAAUUCAUCUGUUUUAAAACAAAUCGAGUCUCCUCAAGAUUCUUUAUUUAAAUUUGAAGGGUUCCUGAGACCUGCGCAACGUAACAGAAGAAAAUGGCACUCCUACCAGCAACAUCAGCAACUUAUGUCUCAAACUAUUCAUGAACAAGUUCCUCAAGCACAUUAUGAAUCUGAAUCAAGCCCAUUAAGAUAUGGUUCCACUUCUCCAAUGUUAGGCUUAAACAAGCAAAAACCUUAUUCAGUUAAUUUAGAGGUUACAACUGGAAAACAAGCUAAAGACACCAUGAAGCAAACUAAAGACACAAAUAGACAGACUCGUUAUCAGAAGCAUUACCAUAUACCCCAUUUCUCAUCUAAUAAAGGAUGA